AUGUUUCGGGACGUAUUUAACGUUUCCAAGAAGAAGAUUUGUACCAGAGCUGACAAACAGGCACCUGGGAAGCUUUUACCUAAAAUAGAGAACAUGGCCGGACCCAUGAUACAACAAGACAAGAAUGCCAGAAAAGGCACUGUGAUCAUACGGCGGGCCGUCACUGAAGAUGUUUUAAAGAAUCCCCAACAGACAGUGUUGCCACAAAUCACAAAGGGCUCUCCAAAAACCCAGCAGGAUCUCAGGAAAACUCACCUACGUGUCCUGUCACCAGCCGCAAAGGGCUCUCUGAAAACCCAGCAGGAUUUUAGCAGCACUGAGCUACCUGUCCUGCCAACAAUCACAAAGGACUCUCUGAAAACCCAGCAGGAUUUUAGCAGCACUGAGCUACCUGUCCUGCCACCAAUUCUCAAGUACCCUAAGAAAACACAACUGAUGUUCAGCCCCCAUCAGAACAGUGUGCCUCCAAAAGCCCACACCCAGAAAAUAACCUUCCAUCACCCUGCUAUUCAGCAACAAGGGAAUAUACAGAAAAGCAAAACCAAGAAGGUCUGUAAACCCAAGGAGAAGAAGAAGGUUAAGGAGAAGCCCACUGUGGAAAGAACAGCCCUGACCCCUGAAACUGUUCUGAGAGAGUCCAAGUCAUACCUGACAGAUUAUGAGCUGGAAGAAGUCAAGGGAUACAAACAAGUGUGGUUCCUGGGAGAGAAAGCCCAUAAAAGUCGAUACUCAAACAAAGAUAAGAAGUCCACCAACUUUGGCUUUGACAAUGAGGAGGGGUUCUACAGAGUAGUCAUGAAUGACCACUUGGCCUACCGCUAUGAGGUACUGCAGAAAAUUGGAGUAGGCUACUCCGGACAGGUCCUCAAAUGCAUGGACCACAAGACCAUGGAGGUGGUGGCCAUCAAGGUCAUUCGAAACGAAUUCAGUUUUAACGUGCUGGGAAAGACAGAAGUGCAGAUUUUAAAAACCCUGCAAAACACAGAUGAGGACAUCUCCAAUAUUGUCCAAAUGAAGGAUCACUUCUACUUCCGCAAUCACAUCUGCAUCAGUUUUGAGCUCUUAGAAAAGGACUUAUAUCAAGCCUUAAAAGAGACCAACAAGCGGGGCCUUGAUGAGAAGGAAGUCAGAAAAUACGCCAUAGACAUGCUGAAGUGUUUACAGACACUCAAAAAGAACAAGAUAAUCCAUGGCGACUUAAAACCAGAAAAUAUUCUCCUCAAAAAAAAGGGCAGUGUCCACCAUGCAGCAGUAACUGACUUUGGAGGGAGCUGUUUUAUGAGAUACGGAGAUCAACCCCUCAUCUACACAUUGUAUUACAAGUCUCCGGAAGUAUUUCUUGGCCAAGUGUACAACACAGCCUCGGAUAUGUGGAGCCUGGGCUGCAUAUUGGCUGAGCUCAUGCGUGGUCAUCCUCUCUUUUGUGGUGAUAACAAUGCAGAACAUUUCAGCUCUAUAAUGAAGACUCUGGGUGUCUUCCCUACUAAACUGCUGGUGGACUCACCCAAAAGAAAGAAAUUCUUUGAUGUUGAUGGAGUACCACUAAAGAUUGCAGACAUAAGGCUCCACCACCGCACUCUGCACCAACAACUGAACUCUCAGGAUGCUGAUUUUCUGGAUUUCAUUAAACGCUGCUUUGAAUAUGAUCCAGGAAAGCGCCUAACACCAGAAGAGGCCUUGCAGCAUCCAUGGAUUCAAAAGAAAGACAAGACUGCAGCUGUAAAAGAUGCUGAACCAACAAGCACAAAUGCCUUCAUUGUGGGGGGCGGGGUAGGGGUUGUUGUGUGCGAAAUGUGCGAGACUGUUGCCUCCUCAUUCUCUUUGGUGUGGAGGCCUGCAUGGAGUCUGCAGGUGCUAUCCACCAACCACUUCAGGAUGUAUAAAGGAAAUGAUCGUUAA